GCUUGCUGGACUAAGUUGCCAUUUUGUAUUUUGCCGAAAUGCUGCGCAGGAGGUAUUCAUAUAUAUCAUCAUCCUAUCCAUCCUGGAAGCGGAAACCGCUGAUAAACUGUGGCGUGAUCAAGAAUGACGCGAGCAUUUAAACAAUAUCUUGUCUCUCCCUCCCUUUGAAAACUCCCUCCUGGAUUACUUAUUGCCGCUGCCGUUCAAUAUAUCACAAGACUUCUUUUUAUCUAUCGCCUUACCAUCACUUUUAAAUACUUUCUCUGAAUCCCUCCGCAUGUCGAGAACGCAGGCGUCUUCACAUUGGAUAGAUAAUAAUAACCAGUGACAGAACCCCAGCAUCAAGAGCACUGCAAGACCAGAAAGCUGUGACAUGCUAUAUCAUGCAUGAUAUAUGGGAGCAAUCACAUCAAAUCAUGCUUCCUCAGCUUCAGUGAAAAUACAUUCUCAUGUGUGGAUAGAGCUAUCCCCAAGUCUCUACACUCAGACAUCUAACACCUCAAGGACAAUUUAUAUUCCUCAUAUAUUGGCUGUCAAUUCCAACCCGUAUGCUAAUGCAUGGGGACCAUAUUCAAAAUAACAUUCAUUUCUUUGUCCCUUGAAAAUUUCAACAAAUAGUUUUGAUAGGGAACAAAAAGUGGCAUGAAAAAAAACUUAUUAAUCUGCCCAUCGUACCCGGCAGCCUGCUUUUAAAACCGAGGAAACAAAAAAGGCAAUCUCAAAAAGAGUUGCCGGCAAACCCAAACGCUUAACUACAGUAAGCGCGAGCGAAGCAAGGGCGAAACCAACUCCACCAAAGCCCUCCGGUUGUCCUACAGGCUACAGGUCGGUCAGUGUCCCUGUAUAUUAUUAAAUAUUUCAUGUCUAAUCUAUGUGCUGGGCCAACCUGGGCUUCUACCAGUUAUACCUGUUUAGGUGCCACAUGUGUAUCCUUGGAUCGCACAGUUACAAUAUUUUGCUGACCUGCUGCGUAUGAAUACCGUAUCUUACAUUCCAAACAUUAAGUUAUGUCCUGGCGAAAACAUCGGUACCUUUCCUUCCCACCGCUCCGCAGCCAACCGGCAAGUACUCCGUAUCCCGUAACAGGGUCGAACCAAUAUCACUGCGGUACGAAGUUGCAUAAAUCAGACGGUAAUAAACACCUCAGGACUAAUCCGAAACCCCCGCAAGAAAAGCAAGCAAAUUUCAACAUCCCGAUUAACUUUCCUCCCCAUUUUGGUGGUUUACCAUACCAAAUUGUUGGAAGGAGAAUACCAAGAUGCUUUAUUUUCUUGAAACCAUGUCUCUUAGGAAUAAGGAAAAAGGGGGGGAAAAAGCAAUAUCUAGGGAAUUUUGAGUUGUCAUUAAAUAUAAGCUUUCCCACUCUUCCUCUCUUCACACUACAUUUACCCUGUACAGACAUCACAGUUACUUUUAAUAUAUCUGCCUGUGAACGAAAUACAGGUGCUCCGUGACAUUUCCGGCUACUGCUACGGUGGCUAGGAUCUGUAAAUCAACUUGAGAUCUAAGAUAUUGCACGAGCCCUGCUGGCGAGUCAAAAUAUCUUCUCAGUCAACUCUCAAAUCAACAAUAUCAACAUUUUCUUCUUUACUGCUUUUAUUAUCUCUAAAUGAACAAAAUAGUAUUACAGAUUUCACAUCUAAUAACAAGAUUGUAUACACAGCUGUAUCUUUCUUUUCAAAGCCUGAACAAACACUUUCAAAUUUAUACUAGAAAAGAAAGAUAAUCAC